AUGUUUUCUCAUUUGCGCAAUCGCAUCUCAGUAAAUCGUCUUCAGGCACUCUCUUCACAAAUCAGAGCUGUCAGCACAAUGAAAGAAGCUAUUGUAUCGCGCGGACCAAAAGUCCAUAUCAUUGACAGCCCGAUACCGAAGGCGGGACCUGGGCAAGUUGUUGUCAAGAUUGAGUAUGCGGCCAGUAACCCCAAGGAUUGGAAGCGACCUGAGUAUUGGGGAAGUAAGGCGACCAUGAACCAGGGCGAUGACCACUCUGGAGUAGUUCAUGAGGUUGGUGAGGGAGUCUCUGACUUCAAAAUCGGUGAUCGCGUCGCGGCUAUGCACGAGGGGAAGCAGCCUGGUGGGAGUUACGCUGAGUAUGGUGUAAGCUGGGCAUACACCACCAUUCAUCUACCGGAGCACACUACUUUUCAAGAGGGCGCUGCCAUACCCUUCGCUACAUUCACUGCGGCUUGUGCUCUCUACGCAAAGCUCAAUCUCCCCUGGCCGACGCAGCCAAUCUCCGACGAUCAAAAGGUACCUCUCGUGAUUUGGGGCGCUUCAUCAGCUGUCGGAUCAUACGCAGUUCAAUUGGCCAAGAAGUCUAACAUUCACCCUCUCAUCUGCAUUGCUGGUCGCGCGCAGGAGUACGUGGAGAGAAUGAUUGAUGGAUCCAAGGGCGACACAGUCAUUGACUACAGAAUGGGACGCGAGGCAGUCGCUCGAAAGAUCAAGGCUCAUCUCAGAGGUCAAAAGCUAGAGUACGCUUUUGAUGCUGUAUCCGAGAUGGGAUCUUACCAGACUAUUUGCGAUGUUCUUGACCAUCAGACUGGGAAGAUCACUCUUAUUAUUCCUGCACAGAGCUAUUCUGAUAUCCCAAAGACCAUUGAGAAGUCUGUUACUACGGUUGCUAGUGUACACGAAGAUCUGAAGGAGUUUGCCCGGGCGUUCUCGAUUGACUUUGCGAGAGGGCUGGAGGACGGAUGGCUAAAGGCGCAUCCACAAGAGGUUGUGCCUUGGGGAUUGGAGGGGAUAGAGAAGGGACUGGUAGACUUGAAGAAAGGGAAGGCUAGUGCGGUGAAGUAUGUCUACAAGAUUGCGGAUACGCCAGGAAUAGAGUCUUGA